ACAAUGGUUGUGUUUUGCCAUUGUAGACACAGGUUUUUAUUUAUUUCGCAACAAAAAUAUAUUUACUAAAAAUUAAUAAUAAAAUGAUUUUGAAUAAAGUUUAACAAGUGAUUUGUUUGAUAAAAAUAGAAAGAAUACGAAAUAAACAAAUUUUAAAAAGAAAUAUACAAAACUUAUGAAAACAGAAAUUUUGAAAAAUCAAUAAUCCUUCGCCACUGUGUAACCUUCUUCCUGGCAAUCCACGUAAACAAUGAACCAACAAGAAGGGGGAUGAUUGCAGAUUUUGAAAAAAUAUAAAUGCAAAUAAUAAAACUGGCGUGUGAAUUGCAUUAAUGGGGAGCAGGUGGUAUUAUGAAGCUGACAAAAAGUAAUAUGAUACCAUCACCUAUUUGGAUUUGUUAUUCCAACUGUCAUCGAAACAACGAUGUCCCAACAAAUCACCCCCAUCAUAAUCCGAACGGAUUAAGAAGAAACCUAUUCUUCAUGCAAACCAACCAAAUAAAAAUUAAAAGAAAACCAAGAAAAUUUAAUUGAUACAACAAUGUAGAGCAUUAAACAAAUCCUUGACAAAGUGAAAAUCACUUAAAAAGUCUUCCAAACCCACAGUUGGUUUCCAUCUUGCUAUAAGUUAAGUUCGCGCGUUUUAAGCUUUAUAUGUAUUUUUUUAAUCGCGCGUUAGUUAAGUAUUAAAUGUUUUUUAAAUCGAAAGUCUUCCUAGUUAAUAAGUUAGAAUAAAGUAAACACUCUACAAGUCUUCCGGUUGAAUUAAUUUCGAAAUGCUUUCAUCUCAAAUUUAUUCAACACAAAAUGGUGGUGUUUUGCUGCAACAAAUAAAAUCUCCUCCAACAAAAGCAGCAACAAAACCCAAAAGGCGUCGUCGAAAGAAAGUAGGCCGGCAAUAUUUCGAGCAUGACAAUCGCGACCUAAAUAUCUCGCCAACUCCUGAGUCGCCACGAAGAUCUGUGACGGCUUAUCAAACAGUGAGAAAAAAGUUUAAGCCAUUAAAACCGGCAUCGGCCGCCUUAAAACGAGUACGGAAAAAACCCAUUCCAACCCAAGCUAUGUACAUAGUUCAAUGUGCAUGCGCAGGAAAUGGUCAAACAACAAUUCCACUCAGUAACCACAACAAUAACCAUGUGCAUGGAAUUCUCCUGAAUUCUGCACUCUCAGCGAGUGGUGGUGGUAGUGUGAUGAGAGAAAAUAAAGUUUCGCAUGUUGAUAUCAAUGACGUGCGGUAUUUUGCCGGGCUCUCCGCCAUUCCUAUAGGUGUUGGCGGUAGAAAUACCUUACAACAGCAAUUUCCAAUUGAAUUUCUGAACACUACCCCAUUUUAUGGCAACCAUCAACAUCGCGUGUGCCAAAAAGAGCUGAGGAGUGUUGUGAGUGUUCGUGAAACUCAUCAAAUUGCUGAAGCUCAACAGGAAAAGAACGCCAAGCUACGCGAAGCAUUUGGAAUUUCUGAAUAUUUCGUAGAAGGAACAAGUUUUGACUCAGAUCGCAAAGCAAGAGAAGAUCUGGCGAAGAGUUCGGCAUUGCAAAAAGAGCUAGAUGCUCAAAAGGACACGGAAAAAGAUAAAACCCGGCGUUAUGCAUUAGUCCGCACUCCAUCAAAGGAAAAAGAAACAAAAGCCGAUAAUGGAGAGGAUGUUGAAAUUAAGGGCAAAGUUAAGAAGAAGAAAAAGAAGAAAAAUCGCGAUGGCUCGGCAAGUCCAGAACGUAAAAAGGAUAAAAAGAAGAAAUCCAAAAAACACAAGAAAGAAAGCAAAUCUAAGAAAAAGAAAUCAAGAAAACGCAAGCUCAGCGAAUCUGGCGAUUCAUCUGACUCCGAGAAGCACCAUUCCGAUGAUGAUUCAUCUGACAGCGAAAAAGAAGUAAAAAAACGCAAGAAAUCUAAAAAGGACAAGAAAAAAAAGAAGAAGAAGAAGCAUCGAGCAUCGUCUCUGGACUCUAGAUCGAGCUCCCCCGGACGUGAUAAAGAAUUAAAAUCAUCCUCUAAGAAAAAGUCUGAUAUACAGGAACCCCCAAAACAUCGAAAUCCAUUUAGGAGUCGAUCCCGAGAGCGUAGAGAUCCAGUUUCAUCAUCAUCUAAACCAAUACGUCGUCUUGAUCGAUUAUCACCGUCAUCAAAGAGUAGAGAUCGUCGUGAGUCUCAAAAUCGUAGCAGUCGGGACAAACGUAAAGCAAGUCCAGUAUCUAACAGAGAUGUGGAAAAACUACGAAAACGUGAUGCUUCUUCCUCGGUGAAAGAUAGAUCGGCUGAUCGUAGCGAUCGUAAAAGAAGACUAUCUCAAGAGAAAGCUAGUCAAAAAAUUGAUGAGGGUCGAAAAAGAGAUGAAAGUAGCAAAAAACGAGAUGAUAGUCAAACAGAUAAACGUCGAAAGCGUUCCCGAUCUCGAUCACCGCUUCGUAGAUCGAAAGAUCGACUUGACAAAUCCUUGUCAAAAGUAACAAGGCGCAAUGAACGAUCCAAAUCCAAGUCCCCUCGGCGAGCUGAAAAAAAUGGUGAUCAUUCGAGAAUCAAACAAAAGAGUCGUGAGCCUCCCCAGGCUCAAAGGAAAAGAUCACCUACACCACCCAAAAAAUUUUUUAUUAAUCCAUUCAAAAUGUCAGUAAAGGCAGAACCAAAAAUUGCAGCUGCCCCGAGUGAGACAAUUCCUAGAAGACGAAUUUCUCGCUCUUAUUCACGAUCAUCUUCUUCAUCAAGAUCAUCUAGCAGUUCAUCAUCGCCUUCUCCACCAACAAAGAAAGCUUUGAAAUUGCCUGAAAAGUCAACCAGAAAAGAUUCCCCUUUACCUGAACAAAAAAAGUUGACAAGUACGAAAAGAAACGAGAGAAAUAUCUCAACUUCUCAAGAUUUGAUCAAACAAGAAAAACAUAAAGAAUCGCCGCGUAAAAAGCGAUCGGUUUCAAAAAGUUUAGAAAGGAACAAAAGUACUGGCCGUCAUCGUUCCUCGUCUAGAGAUAUCAAAUCAAAUAAAGAUAAAAAAUCAACUGGCGGAGAAAGACGUCGUUCAUUAUCAAAAGAAGUUACUUCAAGAAUUUCAGCGCUUAAACAAAGUUCAGAAAUAAGAAGAUCGGUUUCGACAGGUAAUCAGGAUAAAAAAGCCAUUAAAAAUGAUUCGGAUAAACAAUCUGUGAAAUGUUCAGAAAGAAAACGUUCUAUCUCUAAAAGUAAACAUAUUUCACGAGAUGAAAGAAGGUCUUCUAGAUCUAGAUCCAGAACUACCGAAAGAAGUUCGUUAACAAGAUCAGACCGACCCCGAAAGCGUUCGAUAUCUAGGGGAAGAAAACGCUCGUUAUCAAAAAGUUCACCAGAAAGAAAGAGAUCUCUUUCUCGAAAACGAGCGACAUCUCGCAAACGUUCAAUAUCACGAGAACCAAUUAAGAGAAAACGAUCACUAUCCAGAGGAAAAGCUGAGAGCAAACGAUCGAUAUCUCGAAAGCGUUCAUUAUCUCGAAGACCAGUCGAACGAAAAAGAUCGCAUUCGCGAGAUCAACCUAGAAGACGCUCCCCAUUGAGACGAUCAGUUUCAAGAGGUGAUGAUCGAAGGAGACAAAGAUCAAUGUCAAAAAACUCACGGUCAAAUGAGGGUCCAAGAAGAGGUGCAGCUGACAGAAAACGUUCUCCUCCUUCUAAACGUUCUUUUUCAAGGUCUCGUGAACGACGCAGAUCCGUAUCAUCCUACGAAGCCGAGAGAAGACGGCAACCUUCGCCGCAAGAAAGAUCACGUAAUAAAAGAUCGUCAUCAUUACAAAGGUCACGAGAUCGCCGCAGAUCAAUUUCACGUUCUCCGACACGUUAUCAUCGUAGAUCACGUUCUUUUCGAUCAAAGGACCGUAAGCGCUCUCUUUCGCACCGGGGCGAUCGUCGUUCGUCAUCUCGUCGCCGAAAUAGAUCAAAUGAUAGAAGACGGCAACAAUCUCGAUCACCUCGAUCAAGAUCUGGUCAAAGAAAUCUAAGGCGAAGCUCUCGUUCACCUAGAAAACAAUUAAAAAGCUCUCGUUCUCCGGUGCGUGAGAAGAUGCGACGUCCACGAUCUUAUACUAAGAGUCGCUCAAAAAGCAAUCGACGAAAUUCGCGUCCACCUCAUCCCCAAACAUUAGCAGCCCCAAGUCAAAGUUCUCCGAGACCUCGUACUAGUCGUCGAAGCUCAUCCCGAAACCGAAGUGGAAGUAACCCGGAUCGUGAAACGAAAUCUAUAUCCCGGAGAAAAGAAUUUUUAAAAUCCCCUCCCAAAGCAGAGUUGAUUUCAACAGAACCUCCUGCACCCGGCACUGAUGACCUUCCCAUUAUCCCACUACCCAAAACAGAACAAAAAACCAUAGAAUCAAGAGACUCGCCCAACCCUCAAUCGAUUCCGGAACGAAAACAAACUCGUAAGUCGGAAUCCGUAAGAAGAAGAUCUUCCUCAUCCAGUUCCAGUGAAUCAGGUUCUGAUUUAAGUUAUUCUCCAGCAAGACGUAAUCCAGAAAGAUAUCGAGAUAUUCUGGAUCAGAUUGAAAAAGAAAAACGUGAAAAACGGAGGGCAAAUAAAAAAGAAGUGAAGCCUAAAGAAAAAGAAAAUGAUAAGGAUAAAGAUAAAGAAAGGGGAAAAGAAAAGGACAAAGAAAAAGAAAAGGAGAAAGAAAAAGAAAAAGGGAGGGAAAAAGAUAAGGAGAAAGAAAAAGAAAAACAUAAAGAUGUUAAGCAAGAAAUGUCUUCAUCGCAGCGGUCAAGAUCACGAUCACAUGGUAUUGGAACAAAGAAUACUCGUGGUUCAGCAAAACCACAACCAGUUGUACGUUUGCAUAGCCAAAGUGAAGGUGAAGACGAGGAAGAAAAUGGAGGACCUUCAAUUGAGUCCCUCACACAAGAUGACCGCAAUGACGAACUCAAAGAGAUUGAAAUGCUGGAACAACUUAAAUCCGGCAUAGCGGCGAAAGCAAAAGAAAAAAUAAAAACCAUCGAAAAGAUGGCCAACGAAGUAAGUCCCAAACGCGAUUCGUUGCGUACAAAUUCACUCAAUCAGUUUUUAGCUAAUAACGCUGCAACGGUGGCGGCAAUAGGCAGUGGUUGUAUAUAUCCUGCUGCUCCGCUGCCCGUAAAUAAUCCACUCCUAACUGUGGACAGUCUUCCCUUGACCGCGCCUGUUCUCAGUACAGCAAAUGGUCAAGUGGAUGUUAGUCCUACAAUAUCAUCCAUUCCUGUAAUAAGUGUAACACCACCGCCGCAUUCAGCGGGGAAACUCCUAUUUAAUCAGUCUCCCACUGUAAUUGUGACGCCUUUGUCUUUGGUAAACAAUCAUAACUCACUUAAUAAUAACACUAAUCGAAGACGAGACUUUCGUCGAAAUCUAUCUAGUCUCAUUUCUUCGUCUGCUGUGACUUCGUUAGCUUCCAUGUCUAUGUCUUCUACUAGGCCUUUGCAACUAACCACAGUCACCGCUUCUAACAGUAACAAUCAAAUAAUUCUAGCUACUAACAACAAUCAUUAUAACAGUAAAAAUAACCAUCACCACCAUCACCAUAGUGGAACGUAUUUUAAACCAAAAAUUGUAAUUAAACCUUUUAAGCUUCAAGAUCCCCAGCCAAUUGUAUCGGCAUUGAAUGAUAGUACGCUUGUGGAUACCAUUGUUGCGAAGGUCUCAAAUGCAACGGUUGCUGCUGCAGAAAGCCUAGCCAGACGAAGUAGAAGUCGUUCGCGUAGAAGUGAACGUGACGAAAGUGGCAGACGAUCAACAAGCCAAUCGAGAUCUUCUCAUGAUUCUUCAUCGAGCAGUGGAAGUGGAAGCUCAAGGUCACGUUCACGAAGCCAUUCUUCUAGAUCUAGCCGAUCAUCGCGGAGCAGCUCCAGAAGUUCAUCAAGUGGUAGCUCUAAACAUUCGCAUAGCAGAUCCCGCUCUGGCACUCGUUCUCCUUCCAUUCCGCGACGUCGUGGCUCUCCCAGCUUUUUAGAUCGUCGUAGGAUUACCAGUGCACGAAAACGACCUAUUCCAUAUCAUCGGGUAACACCUUCAGAUGCAUCGACCUGCUCUAGCUUUGAUAGUCGAGGAAGUUCACCACCAUCGUUUCGUUCUCCAACAAGAAGUCGAACACCCAGUCCAAUGAACCAAGUUUAAUAUUUAACCAAAAUCCUAACUAAUUGUAAGCCAUAACAAAAAAAAAACUAAAAA